AUGGAUGAACGUCGUCAAACAUCAAAAAUUAAUGUUGAAAGUAUUCAACUUAAACUUGAACCUAUUGAUGUAAAUCGUCUUACAAAUGAUGGUGAAAAAUUAAAAAAGAAAAUUCGUGAAUUAAAUGCAAUUAUUGAUGAGAUAUUUCAAGGUUCAGAAGAUGAACUUAAAUUAUUAAUUGCUAAUUUUCAACGUGAUCAAGAUAAAAAGAAACGUAAACUUCAAGAUUAA